CUGUUUUGCAGCUGCCGGGCUUCGGGAGCGGGGCGGAGCGCUCCGGCCUCAACAGCGGCAAUCUCCUCCUCCUCCCGCCCCCAGCCAUGGCCGACGUGGAGGAGGGAGACGAGCCGGGCGUCUCCGCUUCUCACGCGGGCUCCUCCGUCUCGAAGGCGAGCGGCGCCGACAAGAUGUUCUCGCUGAAGAAGUGGAAUGCCGUGGCCAUGUGGAGCUGGGACGUCGAAUGCGACACCUGCGCCAUCUGCCGAGUGCAGGUCAUGGAUGCCUGUCUUAGAUGUCAAGCUGAAAACAAACAAGAGGAUUGUGUUGUGGUCUGGGGAGAGUGUAAUCAUUCCUUCCACAAUUGCUGCAUGUCACUGUGGGUGAAACAGAACAAUCGUUGCCCACUCUGCCAACAGGACUGGGUAGUUCAAAGAAUAGGCAAAUAAAAGCAUCAGCAGUUCUUCUGCUAAACCUAUGUAGAACAUUAAACAACUGAUGCCAUAUUCCCUAAUGAAAAAGGACUGCUCAAUAUGUGGCAAAUAUUAUUUUAUUUAUUCAGCUCUACAGAGUUUUAUUACCUUGGUUUGAAAAUUUUGUGUUGCUUACCUGAUUUGUUGGAGCCUUCUUCAGAAUUGUUCUUGCAAGAAUACAGAUGCACAAUAUUGAAGAAUAUAUCUAAAGGUUUACUGUGAACUUUGUAAAAUUGCUUAGGAGAGUGUUAGGGCUGAUAAGGCUCAUAAGUAUGAUACAACCUGAGCAAUUGCAGCUAAAAUACCACUGUUUUCUGGAAACUGGGUUAUUUAACUGAAAUACAUAGGGUAGACACAUUGGUUUUUAUUUUAUUUUUUUUGCUUUGUUUUAUUAACUUUGUUUUGAAUACUGUUUCUAUGAUAUUUUAACGGUUAAAUUGAAUUUACUCCUUUCAAAAUAUGUACUUUAAUUCACAGUAUUAAAACAUUACCCUAUUAA